AAUAGAACUUAGUGGACGCAAUCGAAUCUUUGAGUGCUCUCACUAAAAGUGGGCGUGGUGGCCGACGCAAUGCAAGUUAAUUUUCAGAUCUUGGGAAUAGUGUUGUUACAGUGGCUUGUCGGCAGUGGACAAGCGCGUCGUGGAUUCGGACCCGGUGAACAAGAUUGGGAUUAUGUCCAGGUACGCGAUGGUGCCCACUUAUUUUAUUGGCUCUACUAUACCACAGCCAAUGUUACUCACUAUACAGAGCGGCCGCUGGUCAUUUGGCUGCAAGGCGGCCCUGGUGUAGCAUCUACCGGGGGCGGCUGCUUUGAACAAUUGGGACCUAUUGAUAUUGAGGGGCGACCGCGAGAGAGUAACUGGGUAAAACACGUGAAUGUGCUCUUUAUCGAUAGUCCGGUUGGCACUGGCUUCAGUUAUGUGGAGUCACAUGGUCGUUAUGCGGAAAAUAAUCAGCAAAUCGCCCAAGAUUUGGUCACACUAAUGAAAAGCUUUUUAGCUAAGCAUAAGGAAUUUCAGACAGUACCUCUGCAUAUAUUCUCUGAAAGCUAUGGAGGCAAAAUGGCGCCUGAAUUCGCAUUGGAAUUAUAUCUGUCCACGCGUCAGCCCAAUGGCAUAGUGUGUGACCCCAAGUCAGUGGUGGUCGGUAACCCUUGGACCUCACCUCUGGACAGCACCUUAGCCUAUGCUCCCUUUCUUCUGCAAUUGGGUAUUGUGGAUCAAACGGGCUAUGUGAAUAUUUCCAGUGUGGCUGCCGAUAUCGCUCAAUUGGUCUACCAAGGACGAUGGUUGAGUGCUCUGGAGGAGAGUUCCAAAAUUCAGGCAGUUAUAGCUGAUUAUACCGACGGUGUUUUCCUGUACAACACCCAGAAAAGAGUUCGUCUCGGCGUUGACUAUCACGAUGACUAUGGCGAAGAUCCAAAACUAUGUGAAUUUAUGCGUCACAAUGUCACCGAAGCACUUCAGCUCACCAAUAUGUCCGAGUGGAUGGUGCAGAAUGCAUCCGUAUUUCUUAACCUAGGCGAUGACAUCUUCAAGCCUGCUGUCAAUAUUGUGACUCGCUUGCUGAAUGAGACGCCGCUACGCGUGGGCGUGUACUCUGGAAUUUUGGACCUUCUAUGCGCUACGCCAGGAACUGUCAAUUGGAUCAAUCGCAUGAAAUGGCAGCGUAAGGAUCAGUAUGCGAGCUCCAAACGCAAAGGAUUUCGUAUAAAUGGUGUUCUCGAGGGUUAUGAGAAGCAUGGUGGUGGAUUUAGUAUGUUCUGGAUCUACAGAGCUGGCCAUAUGGUGCAACAGGAUAAUCCAACGGCUAUGGGAUAUAUUUUAAAGAAGUUUACCAACUAUGGAUAAUAUGUAUUAUUAGAUUGUUGUCAAUAAAAGCAAUGAAAGUGCCUUAA